GGAGGGGAAUGGGCGCGUCCUCGUGCCGGAGCCGGGGCCGCUGGGACAGCCUCGGCGCGCGGCGGCUGUGGCAGGGCGGGCGCGUGCGGGAGCGCGCUGGAAGGCGGAGUGUACGGUGGCGUCCGGGGCGCCACAGAAUAGGUCUAGCUGCGGGGACAGUCACGCACAUCAGGCCUCUCCUUUAUUUCCUUCCUCUCCCCGGCCGCAUCUUUGAGCAGAAAGCGAAAGAAGUCCGGAGUCUCUUGUUCCCCCUCCCCCUAGCCUUUCUUUGCCCUAGUGACGCCGGCAUAGCGCCGACUAGGCCCCGGCUCCUCCUCUGCCGGGCUCCGGACCCUGCCCCUCACCCACCCCUUUCUCCUCCGCCUCUUCCUCCCACCCCGGUCUCUUCCUUUCGGGAGGCCGGGAAGUCGAACUUGUAGCCCCCCCUUCGCUCUUCCAGUCACCCUCGCCCCCUCUUCGGGCUGAAGCACAGCAUAGAGGCUGUUGGUGGCUUUGCCACGCCACCCCACCCACCCCGGAUCGCGACCGAUUUAAGGGACCUGGAUUCAUCAGGGUCUCUCCGGGGCCUAUGCGAGUGCUGAUCUGCUCCGUUUUUGCAAAAGGCGCCUGUGUCUGGCAGAGCCGGUGUGAGACGAAGAGACGGUCCUUCCCUGCCGCCCGGAUAAUCAAGAGUUUUGGCCGGACCCUUGAGCACAACACCGAGACAGAGAAGCCAGACGAAAAGCACAGACUAUGGCGCUGAAACGGAUUAAUAAGGAACUUAGUGAUUUGGCCCGUGACCCUCCAGCACAAUGUUCUGCAGGUCCAGUUGGGGAUGAUAUGUUUCAUUGGCAAGCCACAAUUAUGGGACCUAAUGACAGCCCAUAUCAAGGCGGUGUAUUCUUUUUGACAAUUCAUUUUCCUACAGACUACCCCUUCAAACCACCUAAGGUUGCAUUUACAACAAGAAUUUAUCAUCCAAAUAUUAACAGUAAUGGCAGCAUUUGUCUCGAUAUUCUAAGAUCACAGUGGUCUCCUGCUUUAACUAUUUCUAAAGUUCUUUUAUCCAUUUGUUCACUGCUAUGUGAUCCAAACCCAGAUGACCCCCUAGUGCCAGAGAUUGCACGGAUCUAUAAGACAGACAGAGAUAAGUACAACAGAAUAUCUCGGGAAUGGACUCAGAAGUAUGCCAUGUGAUGCUACCUUAAAGUCAGAAUAACCUGCAUUAUAGCUGGAAUAAACUUUAAAUUACUGUUCCUUUUUUGAUUUUCUUAUCCGGCUGCUCCCCUAUCAGACCUCAUCUUUUUUAAUUUUAUUUUUUGUUUACCUCCCUCCAUUCAUUCACAUGCUCAUCUGAGAAGACUUACUAAGUUCUUCCAGCUUUGGACAAUAACUGCUUUUAGAAACUGUAAAGUAGUUACAAGAGAACAGUUGCCCAAGAUUCAGAAUUUUUUAAAAAAAUGGAGCAUGUGUAUUAUGUGGCCAAUGUCUUCACUCUUAACUUGGUUAUGAGACUAAAUCCAUUCCUCACUGCUCUAACAUGCUGAAGAACUCACCUGAGGGGGAGGGAGAUGGAUGCUCUGUUGUCACAUCAAAGGAAGCAGCAUUACUCUAGCAUCCAUUCUUGUUUAAGCCUUCCACUGUUAGAGAUUUGAGGUUACGUGAUAUACUUUAUGCUCAUAACUGAUGUGGCUGGAGAAUUGGUAUUGAAUUUAUAGCAUCAGCAGAACAGAAAAUGUGAUGUAUCUUAUGCAUGUCAAUAAAGGAAUGACCUGUUCUUGUUCUACAGAGAAUGGAAAUUGGAAGUCAAACACCCUUUGUAUUCCAAAAUAGGGUCUCAAAACAUUUUGUAAUUUUCAUUUAAAUUGUUAGGAGGCUUGGAGCUAUUAGUUAAUCUAUCUUCCAAUACACUGUUUAAUAUAGCACUGAAUAAAUGAUGCAAGUUGUCAAUGGAUGAGUGAUCAACUAAUAGCUCUGCUAGUAAUUGAUUUAUUUUUCUUCAAUAAAGUUGCAUAAACCAAUGAGUUAGCUGCCUGAAUUAAUCAGUAUGGGAAACAAUCUUUUGUAAAUGCAAAGCUGUUUUUGUAUAUACUGUUGGGAUUUGCUUCAUUGUUUGACAUCAAAUGAUGAUGUAAAGUUCAAAAGAGUGAAUAUUUUGCCAUGUUCAGUUAAAAGUGCACAGUCUGUUACAGGUUGACACAUUGAUUGACCUGAUUUAUGCAGAAUUAAUAAGCUAUUCAAAUAGUGUAGCUUUAGUAUGCUGCACAUGAUACUGGCAGCCCUGGAGUUCAUAGGUGGACUUGGGACCCAGCAGUUUUGAAACAUGUAAUACGGAGUUUAAGAAAUUUAUUUUCCAGGUGCAACCCCCGUCUAACUAAAUUUUUUCUUUGCCUUGUACACUUGACAGCUGGAAAAACCAUAACAUGGGAGUAAUGGUCAAAUUUACAAAAUAAAGUACUGUUUUGGUGUGGGAGUUGUCAUGAGGCUGUGUUGAAGUGACUUAACUGUGGGAUAUUGAGUAUCCAUUGAAAUGGAUUUGUUCAACCAUAUACAUUAAUGAGCAUUUAAAUGCAACAGAUAUCAUUUCAGGUGACAACAUGAAUGAAUAAAAGUCAAUGCUAUUGGA